AUGAAUCCUUCUCAACCAGUUGAACAAAAUACUCUGUUUUCCGGAAUAAUAUAUAGAGACAACUUUAACUCAUCCUCCAUCUCUCUGCUUUCUUGUGUUUCAACUCAUGACGCUUUUCUUCAAAGCUCUUUGUCCCCAUCCAAAAACUUUCCAAUGGAACGUCUAUCCAAGCACACCGUUGAGGAAGGGGAAUCAGGAGAGCCAGGAGUUAUUCCAAUAAAUUUUCGAAAUAAACAAGCUCAGGCUUCUGAUGCUUUGAAAGAAAAGCCACGAGCAAGUGCCGCUCAUCAAGUGCCUGAAGCACCAAUCUCAACCGCUAGGCGGAUGGUUCGCCAAUGUCCGAAUGGUGCUUCAGAAGAUAAUCUGAAUUAUGCAGAGAAAGCUUCGAGGUCGACUAAACCAUCCUGCUCCAAUACUCCUGGGGUGAAUCCACAAAAAGAACCAAUUGACACGACUUCAGAAUCAAUUACAAAUGAAAACAAAGAAAAUUUGAAACUGAUUGUGGAAUUGCUGAUAGAGAAGAUUUCUAACUUGGGCUCGAGAAGGCUACGGAAGAAAUACAAUUUUGAGGCACUUCACCGUGCUUUGACUGGACAAACCGGUGUAUUGUUUCUUCAAUCGGUGCGCGAAGACGAAUUCGAGGAGGAGGUGGAGCAUCUCUUUGAAUGCUUGCAGAAAAUUGAACUGUGGAAUAUCUUUAACAAAGGUUCAUCUGGAGAAAAUCUAGAGUUAGCUGUAGACUUGGUCAAGAAACUCAUUGCAAGGCCAGGCCAGGUUCCUACAAAUGCCGUGGCUUUGACCCUUGUUAAUGAAUUGAAGACCCCUGAAGGACGAGCAUUUCUUAGAGAAUUGUCGAAGGUCACAGUUCCUCCGAUAAACCGUGUUUGGUUCGACAUGCUCAAGCUGGCGUGUGAAUUCUUGUGCGCUUCGCAGUUCGAGAUAGAGGAGGUCUCGCGCAAAUCCUGGAAUUAUAACGAGCCCUUAGUUCAACGACUCGUGAAAGCUUUUGCAUCAAACGAUGGGUUUAAAGCGUUCAAGUUCUUUUUCUUUUCCGACCAGUAUGCCGGCGUCAAAGGUCGAUUCCUCAAAGACUACCUCAAGUCUAAGUUGCUGUCAAAGCAGGCAUUUUCUAUGGCAAUUUGCUCGAAUUCAGGUACUACAGAUGCUAUUUUUGAUGCAUUAUGGACCAAGCCGGGUUUGUAUUUUAUUCUUGCCUGUACUAAUCAGAAAAAUGUACCAAAGCCUUGGUUAAAGCGUCUCAAUGAACCCUGCAUUCUAGACGUGAUUACUACAAGCGGUGAUUGUCUCAAAACUCGGUAUCAUCCAUACUUUGCUCGUUACAUGCGAGCAUCCCCUCUUUGCCCAGGUUGGCAAGAGCAGUUUUUUCAGAUAGCGUAUAAUGAUAUUGAUUUAGUCACAUCCGGACAUGUCAAUACGAUAUACAACAACUUCACAUAUCAUUCGAUAACACCAGAUUCUCGAUCCCGUGCAGUCCUAGCCGCACAUUUGAAUGAAGUUAUGUCAAUCAUCAAAUCUCAAUCGGAUUAUCUCAAAGCAACACUUACCAAAACUCAAAAUUUCAUCAAGAACAGCUGCAGAGCUCUUGUAUCAAUGAAGAAUGGCGACAAUGUUGCUUUUCAACCUAGACAAUUCUUCGAACUUGCUGAGAAGUGGGAACAGGGUUACAGGAAAUUAGUCGAACAAAAUAUUGCUUGUCUAGUAAACAAUACCUGGCUUGGUGAUUUGAAAGAAAUGACUCCAGAGGCGCAUCAAGAACUUACCGCAUUCAAUACUAAGACAGAAACGAGUCUUUUAAGCUUUUUGAAGACUACAAGGUACAUGGUACAUGUUCUCGAAGGUGGACGUCUUUACUUUGAAGUACAAAGAAAUGCAGGGCACGAAACCAGUAUUGGAGACGCAAUUUUCUUGAUGAAUGGUGCUAGCUCUGCUAAGAAUAUCAAGUCCACGGUUGCUUCUGUUCAAAACAAUCUACUGAUAUAUGAGGACAAUAUCCGUCAUUCCACGAGGGAUCUGAAGUUUAGUAGGUAUCUGAACGAAAGGCUCAUAAAUGAAUUUCUCAUGACAUGGUCCGAAGAACUACUCGGAGAAACCUCUCCUCUUUUAGAUUGGGUCGGUGAUGCAGAAAUUGCUCAGCUAAGAACAUGGGUGUUUUGGCCUGGCCGUGUGUGUUAUCCAUAUACGUUGCCAUUUGACUGA